CCACCCUGUCCUUUCUGCUCGGAGUAGCUCUGUCCCCAGCCCUGGCACUAACAGCUCUCUCUCGCCUCUGCCCCCAGUGACAUGGAGCUGCAGUAUAAGGGGGAGAGGCCAUUCCAGCCCGUGACCCGCUCACUCUACCCUCAGCCCAAGCUGCUGGAACAGAGGCCUACUGAGCUGCUGACGCUUACACCCUGGUUGGCGCCCAUCGUCUCCGAGGGAACCUUCAACCCUGAACUUCUGCAGCACAUCUACCAGCCUCUGAACCUGACCAUCGGGGUCACGGUGUUUGCCGUGGGGAAGUACACCGGCUUCGUCCCGCGGUUCCUGGAGUCGGCCGAGCAGUUCUUCAUGCGGGGCUAUCGCGUGCGGUACUACGUCUUCACGGACGACCCUGCCGCCAUCCCGCGGGUCCCGCUGGGCCCCGGCCGCCUGCUCAGCACCGUCCCCAUCCAGAGGCACGCCCGCUGGGAGGAGAUCUCCACGCGCCGGAUGGAGGCCAUCAGCCGGCACAUCGCCGAGAGGGCGCACCGGGAGGCGGAUUAUCUCUUCUGCCUCGACGUGGACAUGGUGUUCCGGAACCCGUGGGGCCCCGAGACCCUGGGGGACCUGGUGGCGGCCAUUCACCCGGGCUACUAUGCCGUACCCCGUCAGCAGUUCCCCUACGAGCGCAGGCAUAUCUCCACUGCCUUUGUGGCGGACGGCGAGGGGGACUUCUAUUACGGCGGGGCCGUCUUUGGGGGGCGGGUGGCCAGGGUGUACGAGCUCACCAGGGGCUGCCACAUGGCCAUCCUGGCCGACAAGGCCAACGGCAUCAUGGCAGCCUGGCAGGAGGAGAGUCACCUGAACCGGCGUUUCAUCUCGCACAAGCCCUCUAAAGUGCUGUCCCCUGAGUACCUCUGGGAUGACAGGAAGCCCCAGCCGCCCAGCCUGAAGCUGAUCCGCUUUUCGACGCUGGACAAGGCCACCAGCUGGCUGAGGAGCUGACGGCAGAGCCAGGACUGCCGUGUGCGGGGUUCCCCAGCCCCGCAGCCAGCUCGCCCCAGUGCCUCCCUUCUCGGGCCUCAGGUCACCCCAGUCCAGCCCUGCCUACCUCAGUCUGUUAGCAGAAUUCGACGGGAAAACGGAUGCAGAAAGGCCUUUGUAAACUGUCAAGGGCUGCGCCCGCAAGAGGAGAACACAGCGCUCACACAGCCCGGGAACAGUCAGCCGGGAAGAGGGGAGGCAGAGGUGAAGCGGACAGAGCCUGGCAGGCCUCAGCCAGCAGACGUGCCUUCGGGGCAGGCUCUGGAGUCAGCCCUCCUCCAUGCCUGAGACCCCACCUCCGCCCCCCUUCCGUUUCCUGUUGCCCUUAAAGUUGCACUUCUAAGCCCCUGGUGUGAAAGGCAUCUCAGACCCCUCUUCUCUGGCUGCCGGGGGUCCUGGGUCCUGUGAUGUCCCCCAGCCACACAGACCCCAUCCCUCGUCGGCCCUGGAGGGAGCCUUCGCCGUGGAACAGGCCUGCCUCCCUCUGGUGUCCAGCCUAGCCUGUACCUUACGGUGGGCCGCACUCCCUGGCUCCAGCCACCUCCUUUGUAAGAGGUUUGGGCAGCUUUUAACAAAGGUGGCAUGG